UGGAGCCGGGGCUCUCAUUCACAGCUUUCUAGAGAAAUCUGAGCCCGAACCUGCCAGAAUAGGGGAUCUCACCCACUCAGCUCAGCAGCGAGGACACCUGCAGAAACACAUUCCUAAAGCAAGGCUGAGCGGCUGUGUGAAGUAAGAAAUGGUCUCGUUUUUGCCUCCUUUCUGGAUGGCCACCACCACAUAGGACCUGAAUGUCCUACUGCUUUCUAAGAACAGAAAGAAGGCCUUCGGUUUGUCUGUUUCAGUGGCAGCUUGGUAGCAGAAAAACUGUUGAAUGGGCCCCGAUUUCAGCAGACCAUCGGGUGAAUGGGACCAGUCUCCCUUCUUCCAAAAUAUCAGCAAUUAAGCACUUGGAAAGGAGAUUUGGCCAAGAUGACCCAUUUACAGGCCGGACUCAGUCCAGAGACUAUAGAGAAAGCUCGCCUGGAACUGAAUGAAAACCCAGAUGUUUUACAUCAGGAUAUCCAGCAAGUCAGGGACAUGAUCAUCACCAGGCCUGACAUUGGAUUUUUGCGUACAGAUGAUGCCUUCAUCCUGAGAUUUCUCCGAGCCAGGAAGUUUCACCAAGCAGAUGCCUUUAGACUCCUGGCCCAGUACUUUCAGUACCGCCAGCUACACCUGGACAUGUUCAAAAACUUCAAGGCUGAUGAUCCUGGCAUUAAGAGGGCUCUCAUCGAUGGGUUCCCUGGAGUGCUGGAAAGCCGAGAUCACUACGGCAGGAAGAUUCUUCUGCUGUUUGCGGCCAAUUGGGACCAGAGUAGGAACUCCUUCACAGACAUCCUCCGUGCCAUCCUGCUGUCCCUGGAAGUCCUUAUCGAAGAUCCAGAGCUGCAGAUAAAUGGCUUCAUUUUAAUCAUAGACUGGAGUAAUUUUUCCUUCAAACAAGCCUCCAAACUGACACCUUCAAUCCUCAAACUGGCUAUCGAAGGGCUGCAGGACAGCUUUCCUGCCCGCUUCGGAGGAGUCCAUUUCGUCAACCAGCCCUGGUACAUUCAUGCCCUGUACACGCUCAUCAAGCCAUUCCUUAAAGACAAGACCAGGAAGCGGAUUUUCCUGCAUGGAAAUAAUCUAAACAGCCUUCACCAGCUAAUCCACCCUGAAUUUUUGCCCUCUGAAUUUGGAGGAACCCUUCCUCCUUAUGACAUGGGAACGUGGGCCCGGACGUUACUUGGUCCAGACUACAGUGAUGAAAAUGACUAUACUCACACUUCCUACAAUGCAAUGCAUGUGAAACACACAUCCUCCAAUCUGGAGAGAGAAUGUUCGCCCAAGCCGAUGAAGAGAUCUCAGUCUGUGGUAGAAGCUGGGACCCUGAAACAUGAAGACAAGGGAGAGAACGAGAACACUCAGCCACUCCUGGCUCUGGACUGAACCCCGGCUCACCCCAUGCUCCCGCAGAUCGCCAGCCUUCAGUGGUAUCAGCCACCCGGGAAGCACAGGCGCAACUGACCCACACA